AUGAAGAGACUCAUCUUUUACCUUAUAUCAUUUGCUAUUGUUGCUAUUCUUGGCGUAGUUACGUAUCCCAUCACAGAUUCGUCAAGCGCAAUUACAUUCUUUAGAUACAGACGGAUGGUCGCUUUGGAAAAGUAUGCUCAAAAACUUCAGAGAACAGAAUCUUUAGUGCAAGGAUCGUACGUCGACCUUACCGAGUAUAACUCGUCUUAUGCGAAAACACCGAGUACCGCGUUUGCAAAAGAUGAUAGUCUAGAUUAUUAUUAUUACAUCCAAAUCUCCAUUGGUGGACAAGAUUUCAAUGUACUGUUGGAUACCGGCUCUUCGAAUCUCUGGAUUCCAAAUAAAGAUUGUACCUCUUCCGCUUGUGUCAAUCAUAAUAAAUUUGAUUCAUCACAAUCCUCCACCUUUAAACCGAGCAACUAUUACUGGAUUAUCUACUAUGGUAUUUCCAUAACAUCCUCUGUAUAUGGUAUCGUUGGACAAGAUACUGUUAAAGUUGCUGGCCUUACUUCCGAGGAUCAAACUUUUGGUCUCGCGAUUUAUGAAUCUGAUGAUUUUGCACCAUACAGUUUUGAUGGAAUCUUGGGUUUGGGCUUGGAUAGUCUGAACACAAUGCCUGCUCCGACAUUAGUAUCAGCCUUGGUUGAGCAAAAUCAAAUCGAACCAUUAUUUGGUAUUCAUCUUUCUCACUAUCUGAAUUUUAGUGAUCAAUCAUCGAUCACUUUUGGUGGUGUUGACGAAAGUCAAUUCCGUGGCGAGAUUACAUUCAAUCCCGUGUCCAAUCCUGCCGGGUAUUGGCAGAUAGAUGUGGAUGACGUCCUUGUUGACAAUAGUCCCGUUGGUUUUACCGGAAAAAAUGCCAUUACCGACACUGGAACCACGGAAAUCUACCUUCCUCUGGCUGAUGCUCAAGCAAUCCAUGAUCUGAUUCCGGGAUCUUGGUUAGCACCCACCAAGGAUUUCUUCAUCAUCCCGUGUGACCACUCCGCUGUGGUUGCCUUUAAAUUUGGCGGUGUAAGCUACGAGAUGCCAGCUAUGGACUUGAUCUUUUAUCCAAUAGGUGGAAACGAAUGUAUUUCGAAUAUUGCAGUUGGUGCUAUAAAUGGAUCGGAUACCUGGCUUGUUGGCGCAACAUUUUUGAAGAAUGUGUAUUCCGUUUAUGAUUUGAAUCGAACAUCAAUUGGUUUUGCGCAUAAUAGAUAA